CAACAGAUUUAGAUUUGCUCAGUGCUGAGAAUCAAUCGCCAGCGAAAUGUCACGAACUGUGAAGAGAGAAAAAAAAUUGAAAAAGCGUUUGCUUCGCCGAAAGCCUUCGAACGCUAAUAAAUAUGAUCUUUAUAUGCUGACUUGCACGGAGUGCUAUCACGUCUUCCCUCCGCGCUACUUCCGCGGCCAGAUCAGGGAGUUCCGCAUGUGCGAGACUUGCAAGCAGAAGAAUCCCGAGAUAUGCCAGUACUUGGACAAGUACAUAUAUCACCCGGACCCCAUCAACAACAGGAGCCCCGUGCAGAAGAUAGUGCAGAAAUGCGAGUUGCUCAAGCUCAAGCUUACGUUCUCCAAGCGACAGUAUGACAACAAGCAGCCGACCACAACUUCGCUGGAGAACAAGGAGCAGGCCAUACAACUCUUGCAGAGUCUGAUCCUUAAGUUCGAGAACUUCGAAAGGGGCGUCAUGCUAGCCAAGUCUCAACUAGGCGGCGAGCUCAACGACAUGAUGUAAGCGUCCACUGAAUAGCCAGAAUAAAUCAAUCGGUCGACGAACCUCGAGAAAUAUAUAAAAAAAAAAUA